CACGGUGACGGUGCCGGUGCCCAACUCUGCAACUAAUACGCAAAUUCAAUUCCUUUAGAACCACUAGAACCUCUCAUAAGUCAUACGCAAAUUCGUCACUCAUACGCUAAUUCCAAAGCUCGAAUUGCAGAAGCUCGUUCCAGGAUAAACUCCAACACCCCAUUUAAAUUAGUGACAACUAUGGAGGAAGCCAAUUCCUUCUCGUUUGAGUCCUCAGAAGAUGAGAAGGAUACUGAACCAUAUGUUUCUUAUCGGGCUGACAAAGCAACACCUUUGUUUGAUUUGUCCUCUGUUAGCAUACACAGUGACACGUUCAAGAAGUUUGAUCAUGUUAAAUUUUAUUGUCAUGUCAAACUUAUUGAUGAUAAUGGUCAUGAAUUAUCACUCUUAGACCAAGAGUGCAGUGAUGAUGUAGUGUCUUUCUGUCCUCCUGAUGAUUUCUUGAAGAUAAUACUGGGAAAAUCAAAACUUAACCGCCCUCAUGUGCUACCAAAACAUUUCUUUCUAAAAGUGUAUCUUGAGGACAGGAAUCGAAAAACUGUAAUCAUGGAUGAAAGUUUAUUUUUGGAUUUCAGCAGCAAGGUUGUUUUCGAUGAAGAACAAUGCUUAGCUCUAGACAUUCAAGGGGUUGGAAUCGUCAAUGUGUGCUACACCAUAUUCCGAUAUGCAGUUUUUGCUUUUGUGGAGUGUAGAGUUGUUAAAAUCAAAGAAGAGGAUGACCUACAUGCUUUUGUGAGUGGUACAAUUUCUGCUACUAGUAAGUUCUGGAAUCGGUCUAUUUCACGUGUGCUUUUUGAUAACAGACAUUCUGAUACAACUAUGCUGGCUUCUACUGAGCUGUGUUGUAAGUCUUGCUUCCCUGUGCCAGCCUAUUCCCCGUUUCAAAUUCAUGCUAAGUUGGAGAUUAAUGAUGAGAUAAUUGAGAGUAGUGAUGAAAAUGGUUUGGAAUUUGGACCUUCUGACAACACUACCCUGGAUAAGAAGGAAAUUGUGGGGCAAAAAUGGCGCAUCCUAGUGAAUGUGACUAUGGAGCAUAUUAAUUUUGUGGUUCCUGAAAAUGUUAUGUGGGAUUAUGAUUUUAAGCCUGAAGAUGAAGGAGACUCAAAACUUUGUGCAGAAAAUGUAGGCAUCUCUGAUAGCGAAAACAGUAGUAUGUUUGGGGAGGAAAUGGAUGAAUUCUUAGAGAGAAAUGAAACUAGCAUUGUGGAGUGUGGAAAAAUCAGUGCAGAAAGUGGAAGCGAAAACAUCCCAGAAAAUGAAGAAAUACGACAUUGGUGUCAAGAAAAGAGGCUUCGGCCCCAUUAUGUUGAACAUCCAGUGUCAGACAUGAGCAUUGACAGGAUUGAUCCCAUUCGUUUACCCUUAUCUCGCUUCUCACCCCUUGUGGAGCUUUUCUCCAUCUCUGCAUGUCCUUAUGUUGAUGAGAAUAACAAACUUGAUGGCCCUUUGCUUCUUUAUGGUAAAAUAAUGUCCUUUGAUGUAAUGGGCGAAUAUGAUAUAUUUGAUAGACAAAAGGAUAAUUCUGCCUUCUUACAUCCUCAUGAAACGAUAUCGUUGGUAGAUACUCGUCGUUGUUAUAUGGGUGCAUUCUUUGCUGUGACACUUGACCUAAAGGAUGGUCAAGGUCGUAUGAUUAGCAAAGGGGAUAUGUCAUGGAACGUCUGUAGUGCUGAACGUUGGUAUGAUAGGCGUCUUUGCUCAGUUGUUCGGGGUAAUGAUGGUUUUGCAGCCAUACAUUACAUGAUGUUCUCGGAUGCUGUGCAGGCAAAGGUAAAUGUUUCUUUUAAGUCCAAAGAUGGUCGUGCUUGUCAAGUUCGUGGGAAGAUUUGGGCUAAGUAUGAUGGACACAAAUACUCAACUGUUUAUGAGAGAAAGUCCUAUCAAAGCGUGCUUUUUAGAAAGGGAAAAACAGAGUUUGUAGAGUUAUGUGAUGGUGUUGAUGUACCGUUGUCAAAAUCUGUAGUUUCUGUUGCAUUUGAUGAUGUAUUUGUAGUGAAAUUCGACCUUCAUAUAGUGUUUCCAGAUAAAAAAGAGUUAGAUAAAAAAGAGUUAUUGAAGGGUAAGACAAUAUUCAAGCCCCAAGAGUCGAGAGAGCCUAGAAUUCAUUCAGCACCUCAAAUAAUUGAAGGACCAAGCUGUGGCGUAACUGUAUUUGUGGAAUGGGGCUGAUGACUUAUCUCUUUAACCUGGAUAAGUGAGGCUGAUUAUCUAAUCACUCGAAACUAUUUGUGUUAGUAUUCAUUUCUUUUGGGAUAUCUUUUAGGUUGGAACUGGAGUUGGAGAGAUUUAACCAAAACUAGCUACAUAUAUAUGUACCACACAUUACUAAUUAUCCCUUUGUAAUUUUGAUGCAUGAAUAUAGAAUGUUUUUGUGGCAUUUGAAA